AUGGCUCAAUGGUUGACAAAAGUACAGCAAGAAGCCGAUAAAACUAAUAAUUUACUUCUUCGAGAAUUCUGUCAACAACUUUCUGAUUAUCUUUCUCAUGGAACAACACUACAUUAUGGAAGAGAAAAAGUACUUGAAUUUAUUCGAAGUUGUCUGGAAACUGAAACACAACAUAUUGGAACUCUUGUUAGUCGAGGAUUCGAGAAAUUAAUCUUGGAAGAAGAAUCAUGUCGUGAAUGUACAUUACAAGAAAAACAAGAUUUUCUUCAAUAUAUAUUCGAUGCAUUUCCUAAUGGUUCACCACUUGUUGAACGUGAACUUGUUGGUUCUAUUCGAUUAAUAUUAGAGAUUGUUCGAACUCAAUGUCCUGUUUUAUCUGGACAUGUUCUAUGUAAAUUGAUUCAAUUUACAUUGGGUGUUUUACGAACAACAAAUUCUGAUUUACGACGAGAAACAUGUCAAUUAUGUGCAUCGAAACUUGAAGCUUUUUAUAAUUUCCGACCAUUAAUGCCAAAAGAAGAACGUCAGUAUACAGAUGAUGGAAAUAUAAUUUUGAAUCAAUCGGAAAUUGAUUAUUAUCGACAAUUAUUAACAUUAAUGGAAUAUCAAACAACACUUGUUAAUGAAUUAUCUCGAAAACAAGAUCAAACACUUCAACGAAUAUUUGUACUUGAACUUCAUGAUUUAUUGAUAAGAUCAUUAUCACGUACUGUUUAUUUUUAUCAACCAUUUAUUGAUUUUAUUUGGAAAAAAUAUUCUCCGGCUGUUAUUUCUUUUCUUGGUAGUCCAAUAAUUGAUGCUCGUUGUAUUAUGUAUGUAAAAAAUAAUGCAUCUGAUCCACAUCUACGACGAACAGUCUAUAGAAUUAUUCUAAAUUUAAUUUGCUUUAUUGCACCUAUUGGUUCAUUACGAUCUGUAAGUGAAACACUUUUUCAACGUUUAUGUUUAUCUCAAACAACAAAUGAACGACUGGAUUUACUUAUUGUAUUAAAUGAAGUUAUUACAAGUCGUUCAUUAAUCUCCGUUAUAUCACCACCUUGGAUUCAUUCAACCGAAGCAACGAAUGAUUCUGAUUUAAGUUUAUUUCGAAAAAUUAUUUCAAUAAUUGCUGAAUGUUCAUCAUCAGAUGAUCGAAAUUUAGUUAACAAUGCUUAUCUUUGUCUUAAUCAUUGUCUUGAACAAUUAAUAAAAUUUAGUACGGAAGCAUUAUUUUUUGAUAGUGAUGAAGAACAAGCAAUUCGUAAAGCAUAUAAAAAAUUUGGUUAUCCAAUUGUCCCAUUAUUUAUUGAUACAAAUAAUAUUUUAAAUUUAAUUAAUAAUGAAAAUAUAAAUACUGCUGAACAAGAAAAGGAAAUUUGUUUAACAGCUGAAUCAACAACAUUAGAUAAAGUUAAAUUUUAUGUUAAUCAUUUGAAAAAUCUUCUUAAAACAAGUGAUCAACAACAUAUCACAAGUGUAUCAGAUUUUGAUGAUGCUCUAUUACAAUUUUCAUCAUUUAUUAGUAAUGAAUAUUCAUCAAAAAUGUCAUUUUCAUUUGAUACAUCGACAACCAUUGUAACAAAUCCUGAUGGAAUAUAUGCAACAACAAUUUGGUUUUUAUGGUAUUGUUGUCGAAGACAAUUACAACAAUUAUUUGAUUCGAAUAUAUCAUCAACUAUUUCAAAAAGUUCAUUUAUAACUGAUAUAAUGAAUAGUGGUUUGAUGCUUUGUAUUGAACCUGAUUGGAUGGAUACAUUAUAUGAUAUGUAUUAUGAACAGUUUAAUGUUUUUGAUAAUCUUUCAGAACAAUUUAAAACAGUUCUUCAUCAAAUGUUAAUAGAUAUUCGUCCGUUUAAUAUUCGAUCAAUGAAAUCUGCUAUUGGAGAUUCAACAUCAAAACAUGAUGCACGUUCAACAGCACUUUCGGUUUGUCAUCGUUUGGUGCAAAUGUGUUGGAGUGCAAUAUUAGGUGCAUUAACACCAAUGCUUACAAAAAAUCAUUCCAUAGAUUCCGAUCUAACAUCAUCAAAUUUAAUUUUAUCAAAUACAAUUAGUGAAAAACUUAUUGAAACUCAUGAACUUGUUUUUCAAAGUUUAAAAUUAGUUUUUCAAUUAGCUGUUACUGUUGGUUUACCAAAUAAUGCUUGUUAUGUUCUUCAUUGUGUGGUUAGUACAAUUGAACAAGGUUGGAUUGUUGAGAAUCAAAAAAAAAUAUUUACAAAACAUAAUCGUCUUCAUUAUCUUGAUGUAAUGGCAAUUAAUUUUAUUCUUCAAUUAUAUAUGAAUGAUAUUAAUAAUUGUCCAAAUAUAACAUAUAAACAUAUUUUAAGAUGUUGUGUUCAUUUAUGUCUCUUGGAAAUGCAAUGUUGUCCUCCAAAAGAAAAACUUGAUUUAACACUUCAUCAACAUGGACAUGUUUCAUGUGAACUUAAUAAUGGUGUAUCAUCAUCGUCAAAUGAUUCAUCAACUUCAUCUCUUCUUCAAUUAAAUAAUAUUGAUAAAACUGGUCAUAUUCAUGAUAAAUCAUGUGCAAAUAUUCUUCAAGCAUUAUCUUGUCGUUCAGACAAAUUAUAUGAACUUGUUGUUCGUCAACUUGAUCUUGAUUCAUUACUUGAAUUUUUUGAACAAAUUCGUUUAUUAACUGAAACACCAUUACAAAAACGAACAUCGGAUAUAUCACCAUCACUUUUACAAAAUCUUUUUCCAAUGCAUGUCGUCAUUGAACGAAUAGGUGACAUGACAUUAGGUAUUAUUGCAUCACUUCGACCACGUUAUCAUGUUUGUAAAGUAUGGAGUUGUGUAUCUCAAUUAUUCAUUCAAGGAGCAACACAUCACGAUAUUCAAUUAGCAAAACGUACAAUUUCUCAUAUGCAUCGAGAUUUACGUUCAUGGCUUUCCGUUCGACCUGAAUAUCCAAAUUUUCAAUUAAAUGAAACAUUUUUCAAACCAUUCGAACAUUUAAUAUGUACAGAACAAUGUGAUAGUAUUGUCGAAAAUCAAAUUGUUAAUUCAAUAUGUGAACUUGUUGAAUUAAAUACAAAUGCAAUAAUGUCAGGUUGGCGUUCAAUAUUUGCUUGUUUAAAAACUGUUAAAAUUGAACAACAUCGUCGUUCAAUUGGAAUAAAAAAUUCAACAAUGAAAGAAACAAAAACUGAUGAGGAUGAAACUGAACAAGCUGGUGUUGAAUUAUAUCGUGUUAAUGCGAUAUUAGAAGUUCUUGAAGCAUUUUUUUCAUGUGAAAAUCUUAAUGUUAUUGCACAAGCAUCUGUUGAUUGUCUUCAAUGCUUAUUUUGUUAUUUACGUGAACCAGAACCAUUUACACCAAUGGUUAAUAGUCCAUUUGGUGAUAGUUUUGAUGAGAAUGAUGAAGAACAUAAUCAAAUUGAAUUGGUUAUGCCUGCAUUAAAUAUGAUACAAAAAUUUACAACAAUAUUUGUACAUUGUUUUGUUACAUCAUCAAAUCAUGUUUUUGCAACAAAAAAACGAACUCGACAAUUUGAAUCAACAUCAUUUACAUAUUCAACAUUUUCAAAUUUUUCUCCAUCAUUUUUCUCCUAUCUUGAUUUAUCCAUAUCAUCGGAUACAAUACUUCGUUCAUUUGAACUUAAACUUGUUGGUUAUAUGAGACAAUUAUCAGAUGAUCUUGAUCUUAUUGAUAAUACAACACAUCUACUUAAUGUUUGGUCAUAUAUGAUUGAAGGUCUUACUGAUACAAUAUUUUCAUGUUCAAAUCAUUAUCAUACAAAAAUAAUUGAUCAAUAUUUUCUUAUUUUAAAAUUAACCUAUGAUAGUGUUGGUCAUCGAUUUUCAAUUUAUCUUAUUUGUUGUGUUAUUAUUCCAUGGUUACAAUCAUUUGUAUGUUCAAAUUUUUUAAAAAUGACAUCAUCAUUAAGAAAAUUAACCAUAUUUCGACGACAUGCACAACGACAAAAUUCAACAUUUAUGAAUAUUAUUGCAUGGCGUUUAUUUCUUGGAAAUUUACUUGAACAUAUUUUGUAUAUAUUUGAUAUGGCGAAAGAAUUUGAAGAAUAUCAUCAUAUUUUAUUUGAUUGUUUUCAAUCGAUGUUAAUUGAUUGGCUUUGUGUUGCUAAUGAAUAUGUUGGUCGACUUGGUUUAUCAUGUAUUAAACAUCUGAUUACAAAUAUAUCAAAAAAAUUUGAUCCAUCACUUCGAUCAAUCUGUAUUGAUAAUCUUCAACAUGCUCUAUUACUUACAUCUUUACCAACUGAAUAUUUAAUCUAUGAAUUUCGUAUUUCAUCCCCCGAAGAUCUUCUUCGUAAUGUACGUGUUUAUGUACAAAAUGAUUCGAAUUCAUCUCAAUCAUCAUAUGGAAUGGCGAAUGGUGAUAGUUCAAUUUUUCCACUUUGUCAACAACUUUUCAAUGAACAUCAACAACAACCGCAACAACAACAGAAAAUUCCUGAAGGAAAAUUCUUUCGAUUUACAUUUCGAACGGUGACAACAUCAAUAAAUACUGAUCCUAGUCCACAUGAAAUACAAAUGAAAACAUUUGUUUAUUUAAAUUAUUUUCAUUUACAAUUAAUACAUAUUAUUGGUGAAUUAAAUUGGCCGGAAUUCACACCUUGUUUAAGUCAAACAAUUGAUUUAGCAGAACGAUUUGAUUCAUUUUCAAAUCAUUUUGGUUUAAGAAAUAUUUUACAACAAUUAUUUAUUUUUGAUCCACCAGCUGUCACAUUUCAACAUGUGAAACGAGUUGCAUUUCAAUAUCUUGUUGAUUAUUUAAUGCGUGGUGUUAAAGAUGAACUUGUUAAACAAUCAAUUGAUUCAGCUAAUCUUAAUUUACAACAAGAAAAUAAUGAAUUAAUUGAUAAAGCUAAUGAUGAAUAUGAAUCAUUUCCAGAAACUUCAUCACCUCAACAACAACAGUUCGUUGGAAAUAUUGAAAAGAAGAUUGGAUUUUUUGGUCGAUUUGCGACACAUCUUGCUGCUACAUCAUAUAAUUAUAUUGAUUUAUUAAAAUUACUUAGUGAUGGUAUUGCUGAUUUACUUUUUACUGGCUCAAAUCAACUUGAAACACAUAUAGAAACUGAUCAAUAUGGAUUAUAUCUACUAAGAGCAGAUCAAGAUUUACUUGAUAAAUUUCUUCCAUCGACAUGCCAAAUAGUUUCAAGACGAUCUUCAAUAUCAGAAAAUGAAAUAGAAUAUUUUAUUGUUAAUCAAGAUAUGAUUUGUCGUGUAUUAAAUGAUCAUAAAAUAAUACGUAAAGUAGAAACACCAACAUCACCAUCACCUGCUCAACGUAAAAGUUCAACAAUUCCAUCACCAUCAACUCAUCAACGAUUCUUUUCACAAUCUUUAUUGAAUGAAAAUACAAAAAUAAAUACUGAUGAUCAACGUUCAUUACAAGAAACACUUUCAGCACGAAACACUGAACAUAUAUCAAUUGCUCUUAAACUUUAUGUUGAUGGAUGGAAUGAUUUAUGUUUAUAUUUAGCUAAAUCAUUACAAGAAAAUGGUUGUUGGUUUUCAACAAUAGGAUCUGGUAAUAGUCUACUUAUGCCUUCACUUGAACGAUGGUUAUUUGUAUGUGCAACGAAUGCUUCAAAUCGACAACUUAAAAAUUUACUUUUGGAUAUUUUAAUGAAAUAUGGAGGAAAAGAUUCAAUUGUAACACGAACAUAA